AUGGCCGUCGAUGAGCACUACGCUUCUCGCUUUAUUUAUUUCUAUAAAGGAAAUAUUUUACAAGAUAUAUUAGAUAGUACGUACAUCACAGAACUAGGGUUCACGACUGACGUGAAAUCAGACAACAAAAUCACGGGUGUCUUACCUUACGUUGAUCCUGAAGUCUUACAAGGUCAAGAAUCACGCAAGCGGCAAAUAUCUACAG